GCGCCUCUAUAAACAUAGCUUUAUAAGCCCUUGUUAAUUCUUUCUGAAUGCAUUGUCUGCUUCUUAAAUUGCAAAGUAGUCAGUGAAAUUCAUGAUAAAAGUUUGAAUGUGAGGCAGAAUCUUUGGAUUUUUGUAAAACAUUUUCAGUAGCAUACGAACAUGUAUGUGGUGGUAGUUAGAGAUUGCUUAUUAUUUUUCCUAAAAGAUAUCCCUGUAGAGAGUUUCUUAAAAUUUGGAAUAUUAAAUAGGUUAAAAGUAAAGUCAUCCGUAAUCUUAUUAAACUUUUUUGUAUAGUGUCAGAAGUUGAAAGUUUCCCCACUUCUGUUAAUAGCUUGUUAGUAUCCUUCUUGACUUGAUGUUUGUAUGAAUGUAUCUAUAUAUACAUGUGCACAUAAUUUCUAUUUUUGCUUAAUAACAAACAACAAAAACAAAACUCUACACACUGGUGACUAACUUGCUUUUUUUCACAUGUCAUUGGACCAUUUUCCAGGUCAGUACAUCUAGACCUCUCACAUUCAUUUUAAUGGCUGCAUACUCUAUUAUGGAUGUACUGUAUUUCUACAACCGGUCCCCUAUUGACAGACAUACGGUUGUGUCUGAUUUUUUUGCUAGCAUUGUAAUAGGUUAGAGGCUGUAAUGAAUGGUAAGGAAGUAGGCAGCAUUACUACUUUAAAGAAAAAAGUAGAGAAGAAACUUCCUUUGCCAUAGUCACUUACUAAAUGAAAUUUAAUAAAAACACUGUCAAAAGUUGAGAGGACCAAAAUUGAUACUUUUUCUCUGAUCUUUUUGCCAUGUGUAUAUCUGAAUUCUUUGUUUUUAAAGAAGAAACAGCAUUGAAGCAUUAUUUGGGGGGAAAAACACACACACAAAAUCCAGCAACUCAGCAUUCAUGAGCAACUCUAUACUAUACCAGUAUGUGCCUGUGCAGUGGAAGGAAAACAAUUUUGGAAAUAUAUCCUGGACAGUUCCAACCAUCUCUCUGUCACAAAUUCAUAGCCUUGUCAGAUAAAGAAGGAAAACUACUUCGGAACUAUACUCAGAACAUAGAUACACUGGAACAGGUUGCAGGAAUCCAAAGGAUAAUUCAGUGUCAUGGUUCCUUUGCAACAGCAUCUUGCUUGAUUUGUAAAUACAAAGUAGACUGUGAAGCUGUACGAGGAGAUAUUUUUAAUCAGGUGGUUCCUCGUUGUCCUAGGUGCCCAGCUGAUGAGCCACUUGCUAUCAUGAAACCAGAGAUUGUCUUUUUUGGUGAAAAUUUACCAGAGCAGUUUCAUAGAGCCAUGAAAUAUGACAAAGAUGAAGUUGAUCUCCUCAUUGUUAUUGGGUCUUCCCUGAAAGUAAGACCAGUAGCACUAAUUCCAAGUUCCAUACCCCAUGAAGUGCCUCAGAUAUUAAUAAAUAGAGAACCUUUGCCUCAUCUGCAUUUUGAUGUAGAGCUUCUUGGAGACUGUGAUGUUAUAAUAAAUGAAUUAUGUCAUAGGUUAGGUGGUGAAUAUGCCAAACUUUGCUGCAACCCUGUAAAGCUUUCAGAAAUUACUGAAAAACCUCCACGAACACAAAAAGAGUUGGCUCAUUUGUCAGAUUUGCCACCCACGCCUCUUAAUAUUUCAGAAGACUCAAGUUCACCAGAAAGAACUUCACCACCAGAUUCUUCAGCGAUUGUUACACUUUUAGACCAAGCAACUAGGAGUAAUGUUGAUGAUCCUGGUGUGUCCGAAUCAAAAGAUUGUAUGGAAGAAAAAUCACAGGAAGGACAGAAUUCUACUAGGAACAUUGAAAGUGUUACUGAACAGUUGGAAAGUCCAGAUUUGAAGAACGUUGGCUCUAACACUGGGGAAAAAAAUGAAAGAACUUCAGUUGCUGACACGGUGAGGAAGUGCUGGCCACCUAGACUUGCAAAGGAGCAGAUUAGCAAACGGCUUGAUGGUAACCAGUAUCUGUUUAUACCACCAAAUCGUUAUAUUUUCCAUGGCGCUGAGGUAUAUUCGGACUCUGAAGAUGACGUCUUAUCCUCUAGUUCUUGUGGCAGUAACAGUGAUAGUGGAACAUGCCAGAGUCCAAGUUUAGAAGAACACUUGGAGGAUGAAAGUGAGAUUGAAGAAUUUUACAAUGGUUUGGAAGAUGAAGCUGAUGUUAAUGAGAGAGCUGGAGGAACUGGAUUUGGAAUUGGUGGAGGUGAUCAAGAGGCAGUCAGUGAAGCUAUAUGCAUGAAACAGGAAGGAACAGACAUUAACUAUCCAUCAAACAAAUCAUAAUGUAAUAAUUGUCCAGGUACAGGAAUUGUUCCACCAGCAUUAGGAACUUUAGCAUGUGAAAAUGAAUGUUUACUUGUGAAUUCAACAGAGCAAGGAAACCAGAAAGGUGUAAUAUUUAUAGACUGGUAAAAUAGAUUUUUUCUCCAUGGGUAAUUUUUAACUUCUUAUUUCUGUACUUGUACACUCAACACUAACUUUUUUUAAAAGAAGGGUACUAAGUAUCUUUAAUCACCUAUUGGUCAGAACUUUUCUUUUAAAGGUUCAUUUGUAUGAUACAUCCAUAUGUAUAUAUAAUUUUGUUCUUGCCUAGUGCAUUUCAACAUUUUAAAGUUUUCAAAAGCCAUUGGAAUGUUAAUGUAAAGGGAACAGCUUAUCUAGACCAAAGAAUGGUAUUUUCACACUUUUCUUUGUAACAUUGAAUGGUUUGAACUCCUUAAAUGUCUGUUCUGCUAAAACUUUUGAUUAUUAGCACAAUUACCUAUUUUUAAACACUGGCAUUUUCCAAAACUUGUGGCAGCUAACUUUUUAAAAAUCACAUGGCAUGCAGUGUGUAGAAGGAAGUCAACAAUAUGUGGGAGAGCACUCAGUUGUCUUUGCUUUUUAAAGUAAGACUUGGUGCUAAGAGUUUCAGGAAUCUUGUAUUGCUGAAAUGAAGAUGGCUUUUGUACUUCCUGUGGACAUGUAGUAAUGUCUAUAUUGGCUCCUUUAUAAAACUAACCUGAAAAAAAUAAAUGCUUUGGACAUGUUUCAAUUGCUUUAGAAACAGUAGUGCCUGUCUGGGUACCCUUAGUUUCAAGAAUAUUUGCCCUUGUUGUUUAAAUACCUAUCACUGUGGUAGAGCUCGCAUCGAUUCUUUCCCACAAGUAUUAAACUGCCAAGAUGUGAAUAUGCAAAGCCUUUAUGAACCUGUAAUAAUGGUACUUCAUCUGGGGAGAGUGUAAUAUUUUGGACCGCUGCUUUUCUUUUCCAUUAAUGAGGAGAGCAACAGGCCCCUGAUUAUGGUUCCAAAGUACUAAGAUGUUAAUUAUAACUCAGUAAGUACAUGUCUCCUGUUGGGAGGAUUUGGUGUAAUAGACACCAAACUGCUAGCCUUGUAUUAUGGAGAUGAACAUGAUGUAACUUGCAGUAGCAGAAUAGUUAAUGAAUGAAAUUAGUUCCUAUAACAUCUUUAUUUAAAAGCUUAGCCUGCCUUAAAACUAGAGAUCAAACUUUUUCAGCUGCAGAAGCUUCUUAGCCUUUCAAAAAAAAGUUCAUACUUUAUAAAAUUGCACAGAGCAAUUUAUUUACCAGACCUUUACCCCACAUUACUCCCAAAUUAUAAAGUAUUCCUAUGUUGCUUUAGUAUUUAUUACAAUUUUUAAAAAGGGUUUGAAAUAUAGCUGUUCUUUAAGCAUAAAAUACCCAGCUAGGACCAUUACUACCAGAGAGAAAAGUUUUAUUGAACGGCCACUUCCCUACCUAAAAGAUGUUUCAAUCUGAAUUUAUUUGGCUACACUAAAGAAUGCAGUGUAUUUAGUUUUCCAUUUGCAUGAUGUGUGUUUGUGCUAUAGAUGAUAUUUUAAAUUGAAAAAUUUGUUUUAAAUUAUUUUUUACAGUGAAGACUGUUUUCAGCUUUUUAUAUUGUACAUAGUCUUUUAUGUAAUCUACUGGCAUAUGUUUUGUAGACUGUUUAAUGACUGGAUAUCUUCCUCCAACUUUUGAAAUACAAAACCAGUGUUUUAUACUUGUACACUGUUUUAAAGUCUAUUAAAAUUGUCAUUUGACUUUUUUCUGUUAAA